AUGACUCAAACCGUCCACGCCAUCAAUUCGGCUCCUCUGAAUGCCAUGAUGCCCAUUCUCCCGCGGAUGGAGGAUGGCCCAUCGUUUCUUGAACACCAAGAGCGUCGUUUCGGACAGGACCCUCACUCAUCCUGUCACACCACGAGAGAAUCAAGCCUUGAACCUUUGCCUCAAACCCAGGCCGAAAUCGACCCCGAAGAACUUAUUCGUAAGCCGUUGAAUGACAGGGAAAUCAAUAUAAUGCGAACUAUUUUGCAUGAGCGCUAUCGCUAUCACCCUGGCCGUCGAUACGGAGAGGAGGAGUUGCAGGAAUCGAGGCGGAUCUUCGAUGAGCGGUGGCGUCGGAUGAAAAUUAUGUUCUGCUCUAUCAUGGACCCGACUUGA